GAUCAAGUGAUAGAUGCUUUGUGGGAAGAUGAACCCUCUUACUUGAAACAUAAAAGUGAAAUUAUGCCGUAUAUGGAGAAGCUUCAAAUGCUGGUACAUUUGAAUUCAUUUGAGGCUGUAUCAGAAGGUGGCAUGUCAUGGUAUGUCCCGUGUAUGAACAAAAAGCAGUUUAAAGCCGACUUCCAUGAAAAUAAAUGGGAAUACUCAUCCAUUCUGUGCUAUCGAUUCAGUUCCUUUGCCAUGUUUGUGUUCUACAGACUGGUAGCAUACUGCAUAAGUUUUCUAAGAUGGAGUGUUGCAAAAGAUGAAGACAAUGAAGGAAGUCCAUGUCUUUAUCAAACAGCGGCAGUGUUUGAUCACAAUGAACACACUGUUGUAGUUGGCAUAUGUAAUGACGAUAUUCAAUUGCAAGUGUUCAGAAUCAAACCAUUGACUGUAGACAAAGAAGUAUCAAAUGAAAUUGGAGACUCCAUUGAAAAAUCUAUAGAAAAAUUGACAGAGACAUUUAUUGACACAAAAAUAUUCCACAGAGGAUACAAAUGUCAAAAUAUUAUUUGUGAUGAGAGAGAUCUAUCUUUCACCCUUGCAAGUGAGCUGUCCAAAGUCCAAGCUGAAGAAACGCAGUGCAAGUGUCAACUUAAGGAGAAGCAUAUGAUUAAUGUACAGACGACUAUGAGUUUUUGGGAAAAGACAAAAAUAAGUGUCUCUAAAACUCCAGUGGCCUCUGGUGGACAUGACCUUGAGGGACGAUCGAGAUUCGCAAAACUUGGAAUGGCAACCAACGAUGUGUUAAAUCAGGCAUACAGAGAUAUACUAGAGAUGGAAGUGCCUCCAUCCGAUAUUGAAAAGAAAGCUAAAACAUCAGCGGUUUACAAAAGAUUGCGCCCAGAGCAAGAACAACUCUUGCUAGAUGCUAAGCAUUUGGGAUAUAAGAACUUUGACAUUUCUUUAACAUACACAUUAAUCCGAAACAUUUGUUCAAAGAUCCCUAGGCCAACAAAAGGAAAGUGGGGAGAAGAGCCAGCAGCAGGAGAGGUGACAGUGGGUGACGAUAUAUAGAGAAUUAGGUAAAUACAAAAUUAUUUGACUGCACACGUGAGCUCAGCCUCCACCUCUCAGACAGAAUUCACUAACACUUGGACGAUGAUGUCGGAUAUUUGCCAAAGAUUGGAAACCUUCACUGGGAAGAAAUACUUGGACAACCUUAAUAGCAUUUAUAAACUGACUUUAAAAGAAGGAGGUGAAGAUGCAGUUAAAGCUAUUAUAGAAAAGUUUGUCAAGGAUCAACAUGAAUUGAUGAAGACAGUCGUGUCAGAUGUUCAAGAAUUAAAAUCUCAAAUGAGGACAUUAAAACGAAUUUGAAGAAUUAAACCAUUCAGAAAUAAUAAUUUUUACUCAUAGAAUGUUUUCAGUACUAGUAAACAAAGAAUUCUUUAACACAUGGUUGAAGAUAUUGAAAGAGUCAUUGGUUAAAGUCUUUGGAUAAGCUUAAUUAUAAUUACAAACUGGAUAUGAAAUAUGUGGAUAUAUGAGGAAUUUGAUAUUUCAUUAACACACAA